UUAUUAAAAAAAAAAAAAAUUUUGCACGAAGAAGAAACGUUGCUCUCUCUCUCUCUCUCUCCUUCCAAAAAAAGGGUUCACAGAGAACAAAGCGGGGGUUUUGUGAAGUGAGAGAAAAGAAGAAAACGAAGCUUUUAGAAAGAGAAACUAAAAAUUCAGUCACUGAAGAGAGAAUUUCUGCAGAUACUGAAAGUUCUAGAUUGAGAUAAUCACGAAGAAACUGGAGUCUUCUCUGUUUUAGCUGUAUCUCUGCUAGGGUUUCAUUUGAUUUCAGUGUAUUAAUUUAUCAAGGUUAGCCUGUAAUAAUAUUAUUCUCAAAGUUAACUGUUCUCAAUGGAAAAAAAGGGAUCAUUAUACCACAAGGACUUAUUUAAUACUUGGUGUGGAAUGUGAAGCACUAUGACACUUGAAGAUUUCUUUACACUGACUGAGAUGAAAGAUGGGCUCACAUCCCUUUCUCGAGUGCACGAGCUGGUUGCUGUAAUGCAGAAAGAAAAAGAUUGCAUUGUGAAGAAUGUUGGUGAUGCAACCAGGCAGUGGGCUGCUGUUGCAAGCACAAUUGCUGCUACAGAGAAUAAAGAUUGUCUUGAUCUUUUUAUUCAAUUAGAUGGACUCUGGUUUAUAGAUAGAUGGUUAAAGGAUGCUCAAAAGUUUGGUAAUGACACAGCUGAUGCUUUUGUAGAAGAGUCUAUUGCUGCACUUUUAAGAGCACUGGAAAAACUGCAAAUAGACAAGGAGAGGUCUGUUUCUUCUGGGAUCUGGAUCACCGUCAACAAUCUUCUUGACCAUAGUAGCUCUCGUGUUCAGGAUAGAGCAAGGGCACUGUUUGAUAGCUGGAAGCAUGCUAGGGUUAGUGAUGCAAUUCAUCAUGAUGUUCAGAGUGCAGGGGCAUUUCGUGAUGCUGAUGUGCUCACCAGUGAGAACAAUAGAGCAGAAUAUGCUGCUGUAGACGUUCCUCUUUCAAAAGGAAAUGCUGUUGUAGAAAAUAAUACAGCCGAACCUGACAGGGAUGGAAAUUUGCAAUCAAGAAGUCCAAAUUGUCUUCAAUCAGAAAGGGAUAAAGAUGUGCAGAUUCAAGCUCAUGGAAACCUGGAGGAUAGAACUUCAGAUCCUCAUAGUACAUCUGUAAUGUCAAACUCUGUUGAAGAGAGUCCUCAAUUGAAGGAAAAGUCCUCAAGGGGUAAUGUUGAAGGAACUGCUUCAACCGAGACUCAUAGUUUUCCCAUUCCAAAGGGACAAAAUAAUGAGCCGGAGUGGGAUGCAUCAAAGAAGCUUGGAAUUUUCUCUGACAACUCAGGUAUGGUAGCUUCUCCCUCUAGUAAGGUGGAACCUGGAGCUUGUUCUUCUAGUGCUGAUGCUGCCAGUGCUAAAGAGGUUUUGGCAGAAGCUGCAUUUCAAAACAAUGUUGAUGCCAAAGAGGGUGAUUCUUUUCCAAACAGUACUGCACUUGGUGAUGCAGGAACAACUGUAUCUCCACCAAAAGCUGGGACAGAUGAUGUGGGAUCUAUAGAUCAUAGUAAUGCACAGAUGUUCGAUUCUUCUGCUAAAGAUGAUUGUUCUGACAAUCUGCAGGACUCAUCUGACGGUGACAGGAGAUUGGAGAAAACUGAGUAUGUUGGAGCUCCUUUUUCACUGGUGGCAGACAUUGUAGCAGUGGAUGAUGAUCAGCAGCGAAGCAGUGAUGGGGCUGAAGAUUUAAGAGAUGAUUCUGAUUUCUCUAAACCAGAGAUGGAUAUCCAGAGUCCUGAUCCAAUUGACAGGAGGAGAUCUGAUGCUGAGCUUGAAUAUGGGAUGGUUGAUGCUCUAGAAGUUGCUCGGCAAGUUGCACAAGAAGUGGAGAGAGAGGUAGUAGAUUACAGAGAACCAUCUUGCAGCUCAUCUUCAGAGAAAAUCAUGGAAAGUGGUGUUAGGGAGCCAGGUACCCCAGAUUCUAUAAAUGCGAAGCACAACCAACAUGCAGAGGUCCCUCUAGAAGAAAUUCCAACUGGACAAAAUCAGUCUUCUGAGGCAUAUCCAACAGAAGAAGGGCGCUUAAGUAGUUCCAAUAAUGUGGAAAAUGAAGCAGAAAAUGGUACACAUGAGUUGGAGUCCUCACAGGUGACUGAAGUGGCUUCAGAACCAGGGGUUAAUACAGAGAAAGGGUUAUGUGACUUUGAUCUGAAUCAAGAAGUCUGUUCUGAUGAUAUGGAUCGUCCAUUGAAUCCCAUCUCUACUCCAGUAUCAGUUGUUUCAGCUUCAAGGCCAACAGCAGCUUCUGGAUCUCCUUCAGCACCUUUGCAGUUUGAGGGCAUUCUCGGAUGGAAAGGGUCUGCAGCUACUAGUGCUUUUCGACCAGCUUCACCGCGCAAGACUUCUGAUGGUGACAAGAAUCUUGAGAUUGGGAGAAUUGGCAGUAAUUCAAAACAGAGAAGGGACAGCCUUGAUAUUGAUCUGAAUGUGGCUGAGGAUGGAGAUGAGAAGGUGAUAGACUUAAUUUCAGGAAGGCCAAUUCCAGUCUCGUCUGGCAUGCAUUCUGGAGAAUCUUCAGUAGAAGUGGGUCCAAGAAGAUCAGAAAGGCCCAACCUUGAUUUAAAUCGCGUCAGCGAUGAUGGUGAUGCUCCACCAUCAGGUUUGAGGAUGGAAGGGCAGCUGUUUCACCCCCGGAAUGGCCAUCGCAGCCCAUCUCCUGCUUCUUCAUCAUCAUCUAUGCAGCCUUCACUGAGGAAUUUUGAUUUGAACGAUAGGCCUCUUUUUCACAAUGAUUCUUCAGAUCAAGGGCUCCAUCUUGGCAACCAAAAUUUAAGAGCUUUUGGAGGUUUUAAAUCAGGUGAUCCGGUUAUUUCUAUCAUGGGUGCUAGAGUUGAAGUGGGUAGUAGAGUGGAAGUCGGUAGGAAGGAUUUUGUUCCUCAAAAUCUGUCCUUGCCAAAUGGCAAGCCUCUAGAUCAUACAAUGGAUACAAAUGUGACAAGAAUGGGAGGUGUUCUCGGGAUUCCAACUGUGUCAUACACGCAUUCUCCUGUUUUUGGGUACAAUGGACUGACAACAGUGCCAACCAUGUCCAUCUCCUCAGCUUUGUAUGGAUCUGGUGCCUCAAUCCCUUACAUGGUAGAUUCAAGAGGAGCCCCUGUGGUACCUCAAAUUCUGGGUUCUACAUCUGUUCCUUCUGCUUGCUCCCAACCUGCAUUCAUGAUGAGUAUGACCAGUGCACCAAGUUUAAAUGGUGCAGGGCCUUCACGGCUUAACUUUGAUCUUAAUUCUGGUUUUGCAAUUGAAGGAGGUCCUGGGGGUUUGAGGCAACUUUUCAUGACUGGUCAAGGUAGGUCGAUGGAGGAGCAUUUGAGGGCCAACGUUCAACCCUCCUCGAGCUCUGCAGUUGGUGGGAAAAGGAGGGAACCUGACGGUGGUUGGGAACCAUACUCUUUACAAUAUAAACAUCCACAGCCUCCAUGGAGGUAGACACGUCCUAAUCACCAGAGUUGCUCUUCCGUUGCAAGUUCAUAAAUCCAAUCGAGCUGAUUGAAGGAUUGCAAAGAUAAUUUAGAGAGUAUGCAAGGCCCAUUGGCUUCAGCGAGGGAGAGUUGGAACUGAAUAAAAAUGGGGGAAUUAUGAAUGUAAUAUGAUUCAUGAGAUUAAUUGCUGAAGAAAAAAAAAAUUAGGUUUUAUUUGUUGCAGCUUUUUAUUUUCCUUUUCUGUGUUUCAUAGGUCAUCGCAGUCAUAGAAGCUUGGUACAUGUAGCUGUAAUAUCCUUUUUCUUAUAUAGCGCAGAAAUUUGAAGGGACUAAUUGCCCAUUCGGCCUAGUUUUAGCAACAUUUGUCGUAUGAAAGAUAGUCGACCAAUUUUUGAUCA